GUAUUUAAGGACCGUCUUAGUGGCCACCACGAGCUGACAUGAACAUCUUUACUAAGGUCCCCGGACUAGUCAAAAAAAACAGCAAGCUGGGGUCUGUGCUCCAACAUGCCUUCUACGGGUCCAGUGGGAGGGUGACCCUUUUCAAGCAGAGGAACUUUGCAGGUCGGCGACUGGACCUGACCUCUGACUGUCAGAAAUUCAGUGAAAAAAAUGUUCCUGACAGAUGCAACUCUGUCCAGGUGGAGAGUGGAGCAUGGGUGGCAUAUGAACAUGAGAACUUCCGAGGACGUCAGUACCUGUGGGACAUGUUUGACAGGGGGGAGUACAACUGCACUGAUAGGUGGUGUGCUCAGGGUGACCACAUCUCCUCUGUUCGUGCUGUGAAACAAGACAAUAACCCUCCCCGUGCACAGCUGUUUGAGAGGGCAGGUUUCUCAGGCAAGAAGACAGAGCUGCAUGAUGACAUCCCCAACCUGAUGAGCCGUUACAGCCUUAACAGAGUGUCCUCCGUCAGAGUAAUGGGCGGAACCUGGGUGGCGUACCAGGAGCCUAACUACAGAGGAGCCCAUUACAUCCUGGAGAAGAAGGACUACAACAGCUUCUCUGACUGGGGUGCUCAAAACAGCACCAUUGGCUCAAUUCGCCGUGUCCGCUUCAGCUAAACAAAAUCCCCUGAAAAAUACCCACAUCUGUCAGCUCUUUAUACAAACAAUACACCAGCUAUAAGUGAAACAAACCCUACAGAAGACCUAUUUUAGUAAUAAACUGAUGAAAAA